GUUGGUGUCCGCCGAGCUCAGAGUGAAUGAAACAAAGAGAAGGAGAAAGCGAGAGGAGAGGCGGACGCGAGACGGGACUAGCGCCACUCCAUUCCAUUCCAUUCCACUUCCCUCCCUCGCUUGCCUUCCUUCCUUCCUAGCACAGCAUCCCCAGAUAGAUAGAUAGAAACCCCCGAUUCCGAUCGCCGGGAUGAGGUUCUGACCCCCGAUUCGGUCCGUCGAUUCUAAUUUCCCCUCGAUUUGGUGCGGGAUUAGCGGCCGGAAAUUAAUCGCCAUGACGGCGUCGUCGCCGAUGGUGCUGUCCCUCCUGCUCUUCGCGUCGCUCACGGCGCUGCUCUUCCUGGCUCCUCGCGCGUCGUCACCGCCGCUACCGCUGCCGCUGCCCGUGCUGGUUGGGGACGAGGAGGCGCCGCCCGCCGCUGGGAGUGCUGCUGGUGGUGCGGCCAGCAGCGGAGGAGGGGCGGGAGUUGAGGAGGGGCCGGAGGACCUCGCGCUCUUCCGGCGCGUGACGCUCGACGCCGGCGAGGGCGCGGCGAUGGCGUCCAAGGUGGCGUUCAUGUUUCUGACCAACUCCGACCUCACCUUCGCGCCGCUUUGGGAGUGCUUCUUCGCGGGGCACGGCGACCGCUUCAACGUGUACGUGCACGCAGACCCGGCGGUGCGCCUGCGGCUUCCCCCUACGCCUUCCUUCCGGGGCCGCUUCGUCGCGGCCAAGCCGACGCGGCGUGGGGACCCGAGCCUCAUCGCGGCAGCGCGGCGCUUGCUUGUCGCAGCGCUGCUCGACGACCCGGCCAACGCCUACUUCGCGCUGCUCUCGCAGCACUGCGUUCCGCUCCACUCCUUCCCGCGGCUCUACGAGGCGCUCUUCCCGCCCAGAGCCGCGCACCACCACCGCCUCCCGAGCUAUAUCGAGGUGCUCACCGGCGAGCCCCAGAUGCCCGUGCGCUACGUGGCGCGCGGUGAGGACGCCAUGCUCCCGGAGGUGCCCUUCGACCGGUUCCGCAUCGGGUCCCAGUUCUUCACGCUGGCCCGUCGCCACGCCGUGCUAGUGGUCCGCGAGCGCCGUCUCUGGCGAAAGUUCAGGGAGCCGUGCCUGCCGGAGUCGCAGGACUCUUGUUACCCGGAGGAGCACUAUUUCCCGACGCUACUCGACAUGGCCGACCCCGCCGGCUGCACCCGGUACACGCUCACGCGCGUCAACUGGACCGACAGCUUCGAAGGCCACCCGCACACGUAUUCCGCGCCAGAGGUGUCGCCGCGGCUCAUAACCGAGCUGCGCCUGUCCAACACCUCCACCUAUGAGCACAUGUUCGCGCGCAAGUUCGCUCCCGACUGCCUUGGCCCGCUCAUGGCCAUCGCCGACACUGUCAUCUUCAAAGAUUGAUCGAUGCGGUGCUCUGCACCAUAGCUGCACAUAGGAG